AUGUCCACAGUUUGUUUUCGAGCGUUUGAAGGAUCUUCCUUGUCUGUGCAAGUCUCUGAGCUGUUGGGUUCUCUGCUGAAGGCCGCUGUAGAGUCCAGGAACAAGACAGCCCAGAGAACUGCUUCUGGAGCUGCUCUGGUGGAGGUGAUGGAGCUGCUGCUGGGAGGCUUCACCAGAGGAGGAGGCGGCUUCCUCAGAGCCUCAGGAGACAUGAUCAAAGGAACCAGAGACGUGAGCAGAGACGUGCGGCACGGCAUCGCCCUGACGUGCACAGUCCUGGUCUUCUCUCUGGGCUCCUCGUGGCUGGAGCAGACCUUCUCUCAGUUCUUGGCUCUCCUCCUGGAGCUGGUGUCUCACUCUCGGAGCUCCCAGACCCCUGCGGAGGCGGUGCUGACACGGGGGUGUGUGUCCAUGGUGCUUAGGGCCAGUCUGGGGGGGGUCCUGGGGGAGAAAGCCCAGAGCAGUGCAGUCCAGCAGUUGUGUGUCACUGUGGGAGCUCACAGGAAGAUCAUAGAGUCUUCAGUGUGUGUGACGCUGCAGCAGAGUCUAAAGCUGCCUCAGACCUGGUCCACCGCGGGGCCCCUGCUGACGGACCAGUCCACAGCUCUGGUCGACUCUGUGGUCUCGGUCCUGGUCCAUCCCUCUCCCGCUGUGCGAUUGGCAGCUGCCUGGUGCUUGCGCUGCGUUGCCGUGGCAAUGCCGUCCCAGAAUGCUCCGCUGCUGGAUCGCUUUCAGUUUGAUUAA